UUCAAUGAGCUUCAGAUGCUCACACCUUUGAAAAUGUGGCUUAAAGUCCUUAAUCCCUAACGUACAAAGGUUUAUAUUUGUAAUAAAGCUGUUUAAAGUUUUAAGCUUUCUGUUUAAUGUUAUUACAUAACUUUAAGGCACUACUUUCUUGCAAGCAACAACAACAAAAAUCCAGUAAUAUUCAAACAUUACUCAACAUAGGAUUUCCUAGUUGUGGAAGAUAAUACAAUUAUACCUACUCAAACCACCAGGGGGAACUCCAUCAUCACUUACUAGCUCCCCUUGUAACAAAAUUUGAGAAUCCCCUUAUCUCAUAUGUCUCUCUGAAAACAAAAGAAACUAGUUUGAGAGCAAAGGAGGGAGGAGAUCUGUUGUCUUCCAAGUUGUGUGAACACCCUCAGCACAUAUUGGCCAGACUUCUGCCAGCAUGGUUUGAGGCUUGUAAACCUUAAACUCAAGGCACAUCUUAAGUGGGUUUGAGGUUUGCUAUGCAUUUCUUGGAGAGAUCUAGUUACGAAGUCCUGAACAAAAACAUGAGAGUCAUACAACUGCUUAACCAGCAGAUAGUGGUGCCUGCCUGAUUAGGAGACAAUUACUUUACCAUCAAUUCCUUUUUCAGUGGGCAAGAAUCAGCAUGAUUUCGUCUUAGGAAACCAACGAGCGGAAGAGACAACCAAGUUUGAAACUGCACCCCCCCCCAGAGUGCUAUGUUAGAGGCAAACAGCACCAUAUCCACCUAAGAGAUUCUUCUUACAAAGUUUUGAGAGAAAUCAAAAACAGUUGAGAAUCAUGAAAGUCAGAUUGUUCCUUGGUGUUUUGCUAUUACUAGACCUUUUAAGUUCCUGUUAUUCUUAUAAGACAAAUUCUUUGCCUGAUAUAGAAGAUAGACAGUUUAUUAAGGAGUGCGUGAAUGCUCAUAACAACUUUCGGUCCAAGGUGAAUCCACCAGCCAGCAACAUGCGUCACAUGUCCUGGGACUCUGCUUUAGCUAAGAGUGCCAAAGCAUGGGCAAAGCGAUGCCACUUUGAUCAUAAUGGCUACCUUAAAAUAUCAGGAAAAAUGCACCCUAACUUUACUCCAGUUGGAGAAAACAUCUGGACUGGCUCUCUCUUUCUCUUCUCUGUGAAUGCAGCUAUCAGCAAUUGGUAUAACGAAGUCACAGACUACACUUUUGAGACCCGCUAUUGUACAAGAAUGUGUGGCCAUUACACCCAGGUUGUUUGGGCCAGAAGUUACAAAGUUGGCUGUGCAGUUCAGUUCUGUCCUAGAGUUACAGGUUUUGACGGACUCAUCAAUGGAGCACAUUUUGUUUGCAACUAUGCACCAGCUGGGAAUUCUCCGACACAGCCGUAUAAAACAGGAGCAGCAUGUAGUGACUGCAGUGGUGAAAAGUGUGUGGACAAGCUCUGUGGAAAUCCAGAACGUGACACAUUGAAAAGUUACUCCAAUUGGUAUCCAGACUGGGACAUACCGCCACACGCCAACCCCUCUGGUGCUCCACACCCCAACCCCUCCGGUGCGCCACACCCCAGCCCUCCACGCUCCUCGUGUGACCAAUACUGUAUUACUGUUUUAAUAGUAAGGCUACUGUUUGUGUUACUGACUUUUGGUGCUGUCUUACUAGUACAAUGGCAGUAUCCCCAGAUAUUUAUAUAUGAGUAAUCUCCAUUUGCCUCCUAUUGUCGAUGUACAUAAGCAUUAGUACCAGUCAGUUUUCCUGGGCUGCUCAUGGUUGUUUGGGACAAGGAGGAGGUGGUGUGCAUGUUAACUAUUCAAUCAAAGCCAGAGAUUUUGUACCUCUCUGCACCCCAGGCGUACCUCUUUGUUGUCCAUUCUUUUCCCUAAGAAGCACCUUAGAACAUAAGGCGACAGCUUUAGACAUUUCACUAUAACUGCCUUCUCCUAACUGUCACCAUUGUCAAAUAAUGAUGUCCCAUAAACACCUCAUGAGAAUCACCCCAGAUACCUUCUCUAAAGGGUUCCGCAGGUAAAGGAGGGUCAUUGCUAUAUAUAU